AUGGAAGCUUACCGUAGCUGCCAUGAUCCCGAAGCGACCUCUCGUUUUCUCGAAGCCCAAAGCGAAUAUGAGAAAGCUCUUUUAAAAGAAGACAUAUAUUGGCGUCAACGAGCUAAGAUGCAUUGGUUUCGUGACGGUGAUCGUAACACCCGUUUCUUCCAUCAAUCGGCUAUGGCUCGAAGGAAAUUUAAGCAAAUUAAUUUUUUGAGGCAUGAGGAUGGUACCGCAGUUACGGAACAGCAGGAUCUAAGCAUGGUGGCUAAGAGGUAUUUUGAAACUUUAUUCACAGCAACAUCACGUAAUGAUGAAGAGGUUCUCAGUUUGUUCCCACAAGUUAUUACUGAAGAUGAGAAUGUGAAGCUUAUCCGCCCUAUUUCGCAGGAAGAACUUUAUGAAUCUCUUUGUGAUAUGCAUCCUAAUAAAUCUCCAGGCCCUGACGGAUUUAACCCGGCGUUUUACAAAAAAAUUUGGGAACUUUGUGGUAGAGAUAUAUGGCUGGCUGCAACUAAUUGGUUAUCCAGAGGUUACUUCCCACCGACUAUGAACGACACCAAUAUUUGUUUGAUCCCGAGGCCGAAAUGCAACAAUCCGCAGAAUAUGAAAGAUUACCGUCCCAUCUCCCUCUGUAAUGUGGUGUAUAAAUUGGUGUAA